GCCCCGCCGCAGCCUCCCCCUGCGCUCGCCGGUAGGCGGCACCGCCACCCCCUUCCUCCUCCUCCUCCACCUCCUCACCAUCGCUGGGCGCCGGGUGACCCACAUCGCGGCGGCAGCGCCGCACCCGCCCGGCGAGAAGGGGUGGCCCGGGACGGCGGCGGGGCUGCGCUGCGCUGUGCCGCGGGGAUGUAGCGGCGCGGAGCGGACUGAUAUUGCCUGCAAAGCAGAGGCCAUCAGCGAUCAAUAGAUUACGGCUCCGGCAACACAAACCAAACCGUCACCAUGAAACACUUCCUGAGGAUGUUUCUCCAGGUAUGCCUGUACUUCUACUGCAAGUGCUUGUGGCGCUGCCUGAAAUUUGUGGUUAGGAAACUAACUGGUCAAUGUGAAUUGCAAAGGAUUUGCUACAAUACCAAACCUGGAGCUGCCAGAACUAUGAAAAUAGAGGCAUCACUGAAAGGUUCAAAAAGUAAGCGGCUGCAAACUUCAGUAAGUGUUCACCCUGAUGCUAUUGAAAAAACGAUAGAUGACAUCAUGGAGCUGAAAAGGAUUAAUCCAGAUAUAAAUCCACAGUUGGGAGUAUCUCUUCAAGCAUGCCUGCUGCAGAUUGUGGGAUAUAGAAAUCUGAUUGCUGAGGUUGAAAAGCUUCGCAGAGAGCCCUAUGACUCAGAGAAUCCGCAACAUGAGGAAAUGCUUCUGAAGUUGUGGAAAUGCUUGAAGCCCAAUUCGCCGCUGAAAGCUCGUAUUUCAAAGCAGUGGUGUGAAAUUGGUUUCCAAGGUGAUGAUCCUAAAACAGACUUUAGAGGGAUGGGUCUCCUGGGCUUAUAUAACUUGGUGUAUUUUGCUGAAUGGGACACUGAGGUAGCUCAGCAAGUUCUCUCUGAUUCUCUUCAUCCUAAAUACAGCCAACUGAGCAAAGCUGAAUGGGAGAAGAAAAAAUUUGAUAAGGCAAUUGGCUAUUCUUUUGCUAUCGUGGGCAUUAACAUAACAGACCUCGCAUACAACCUGCUUGUCAGUGGAGCUCUGAAGACCCAUUUCUACAAUGUUGCUCCAGAAGCACCAACACUAACGCACUUUCAGCAGACGUUCUGCUACUUAAUGCAUGAAUUCCACAAAUUCUGGAUUGAAGAGGAUCCACUGGACAUAAUGGAGUUCAAUCGUGUCAGAGAGAAAUUUCACAAGCAAAUCUUGAAACAGCUCCAGAACCCAGAGAUGGCUCUUUGCCCUCACUUUGCUGCAUCAGAAAGUUUAAUCAAUAUGUAGUUACUCACUCAAUUUUAUUUGGAAACACUGUGUCACUCUUGUGUUAGAUCACUGCUUAGACCAUCACUGGCAUACUGAACGACCAUGGCAAUUGUAUGCAUGUUUUUGGUGCAAUAUUCAUCUAUUUUUUUUUUGUCACACGUACUAGAUCCCCUUCUGCUUCUCUCGUUGGGGAUUUCUCAUUUUAAGUGGGUGCUCAUAUUGCCGCAUUAUGCAGUGUUACAUUCUGAAUUGAUGUCUGGAUAUCAGAGGUUUUCUAUUUUUUUAGACUUUCCUCAUAAUUCAGCAUUGACAAUUGAAUUGUAUUUCUCUAGCUGUGUUUUGGUAUAUGUGGAAUAAGUAGCUGGAUCUUGUAUUGUGAAAGCUUUUUAACUUGGUAUGUUUUAAGAUAACUACUGACAUUUCAAGCAAAAUAUUUGUUUGGACCUCAUCUAGAAGAUAGUGUGUGUAACUUAAUCUGAUGCAGGCAAACACAUUAAAGUCCAAUUUCCUCCAUGCAGCCAUUAUAUGCUUAAUGCAGAAUUAAUGAGACUUAUGAGAUACAAGUUUCAGUGAGAAGAGUUUAUGCAGAAUUGCAAUCAGACUCCACAGCUGCAUGAAUACCAAAUGGUCUGGUGAUGCUAAUACAUUCACAGUGAACUGCAAACACACUCACAACCACUGGAUACUGGCAGGGGCCAAAAAUUCUAUCAUCAGGCUGUCGUCACCACCACCGUGGUGAAGCAUGGUCUAAAUUCCUGCACAUUCCUUUGAACAUACAGGGGUUAGUAUUUUGUGUUGCAUGUUGGAAGGCAACAUGAUUUGGUCACCUUAUGCUUGGUGAAUUCAGGGGAGCAAAAAUCUGGUUUGUUUUUGGUGGGUUUUUUUGGUUGUGUUCUUUGGGUUGUUUUUUUGUUUGUUUUUUUUUUUUUUUUUUUUAACUACUGCAAAUGUUGCUUUGGUUCUCAAUUCAGUUCCUAAGAACUGGGAGAAAUAACUGAUUAGAAGGUUUAGAGCAAAACCACCUGAGUUUCCCAGAGUACUUAUGAAAAGAAUUAAAAAUGGCAAACUGCCUUUUUUCUUAAAAAUGAGUAAAAGUGUCUGACACGAAGAUUGUGUAGUAUAUUGAACAGCAUCUACCAUGGCAUUUCAUACCCAUGGUAUUUUUUACCUUCUAAGCAAUCAAUUUUAGUAUUAUAUGUUUGUGUAAAUCACUUGCAUAUGGAAAUUGAGUAGUGUCCAACUACUUGUGAAUUAUAUGAAUAAAUUAUAUGUCAUUCUAAACUGAAGCACUGUGGGUUUAUUUUUCAGAUAUGCACUAAUACAGGUGAAAGCUGGUUUACUUUAACAGAUCAGGUAAAAGGGAAUAUAACAGCUUUGUUGUAUUUCCCUGGUCUGAAGAGUGAUCUGAACUUCCUCAGAUCAGGUUCUUUAUACCAUUUCUAGUUACAGCUUAGGCCAUCACUUUAUAAGUGAAAAGUAAAUCAAUGGGGGUAAAGUUCUUGGGAAGCUCCUUGCAUUUAAGCCCUCUCAUUUCUUUGCUAAAAUGUAAGAUGGGCAUUAGGACUUCUCUGCAGGGCUGGAAACUUGCACUCGUUGUGGAGUUAAUGAGCAAAACUCUAGGGGUGUUGUGAUAAUUAGUCUUUUCUGAUUAAUUUGGAAAUAUGAAACUGGAAGUAUUAACUGUUGAUAUUUUGCAUGAAAUACAAGAAAUAAAAACUGCAUGUUGAACUUA